GCCCGCGGCGGCUCGGCUGAGCUCGGUGCUCUCGGCCGCUCCACGGGCACCUCGGGGCGCGGAUGGGCCCGCCCGGCUCCGGAGGGCGGCGGCCGGGCGGGCGGCGGCCCUGGGCGGCGGCCGCGGCUCCCUGAAGCGCGCAGGGCCGCGAUGAUGCCGGGCGAGACGCACCCGGCGGCGCCCGGGACGGCGGCCGACCUCGCCAGGUGCCAGGGCUGCGCGUCGCUGCAGCAGAACCUAAAUGAGUAUGUGGAUGCCUUGAUCACGCUGAAGCAGAAGAUAAUCAACACAGACAACUUGUUGACAGAGUAUCAGAAGAAAUGUGAUGAGCUGCAGUUUGCGCGAAGGGAGAACAGCACCCUGCAUCGCCAGGUGGAGCAGAUGCUCCAGAAGGUCUCUCCGCUGCAGCAGUGCCAGGAGGAGCUGGGGACACUCAGGGCAGAGCUGGAGGAGAAGAAGAAUUCGCUGAAGGUGUACCAGCACACUCACCAGGAGUACACGCGCGUCAGAGAAGAGUGCCUGAGGACAGACGCUCAGAAGAAGAAACUGGAAGCCAAGGUGAAGAAGCUGGAAGAGGCUGCCGCCAAGCAGACCCAGGACUUCAAACAGCUCAGGACUGAGAAGAAAAUACUGGAGAAGCAGUUUAAGGAGACACAGGAAAGACUGGAUGGAUUCUCCAGACAGAAGAAGGCGAAGGAGCUGAGACACAUCGGAACGCAGAUCUCAAAUGACGCCUGUGGAAGCAUCGAUAAGAGGAAAGUGAGGCUGCUGCUCCAGGAGCUCUGGCUGUGCUUCAACACAACGCACGGGCUUCCCGGAGGAGGUGGCACGAGUGUCCCAGAGAAGUUCCCCCCGGACAGCCCCAGCUUCCCAGCGCCCAGGCCCCUCGGGUCCCCGAGCGGGUCCCCGAGCAGGGCGGGUGGCCCCGGCCGGGCGGAUGUGCAGACAUGCCCGGCGCAGCCCUCCGUGCAGGUCCAGGGCGGCUUCUCCCCUGGCUACAGCGGGCGGCCGCAGGCUCCCCACCUCAGUGAUGACGGCAGGGACCUCUCAGACCCCGAGGCGCCCCUGGACCGGGACCUCCAGGCUGCCGUGGACUUCUUCAGGCUGCCUCCGCCGCUGCUGUCCCCUGUGCCGUCGCCCCCGCCCCCACCCUCCGCACUGGCUGCUGAGACCUACUUCAGCGAGGACUCAGACUCCAGUGAGGAGGACUCGGACCAGCACGGAGUUCCCACGGAGUCCGCUUCAGAGGAUGAGGCCCCCGGACCCCCGGGAGCGUGGGCAGGCUGCGGGCCUCAGGAGGGAGAAGCCUCCGCGGACUCCAGGACAUUCUCGGCUGCCCAAAGGGCCCCCUUGCCCAAGGCUGCUCUGGCUCUCGAGGAGCCCUGGGCGCAGCCCUCCGAGCCGACUGGCGCUGGGCAGAUGGGCCUUGCCGACAAGGCUGAGCUGUGGAUGGAGGCCCGGGAGCCCGGCAGGUCAGUGCAGCCGCCUCACCUGGCCCCAGGCCUCUUGCCCCAGCAGGCCCCGCCCUCUGGGCCUCUGUCCCCCCGCUCCCCACCAGGCGGGGGGCCCCUGGGGCAGCCGCUGGCCAUGUACAGAGAAGCCCUGCGCCCUGUGUGGGCGGUGCCCGAGCACUUGCCACAGGCAGCCCCUGGGGGACGACAGCCGGGGACGGGGGAGCGGCCCCCACUCCUGGCUGUGCCACCCAAGGCAGAAGCCCCCCUCAUAGACACCAGUGGAUGCAAGGCCCACCUGCCCUCGGCCUCCUUCGGCCAGGCACCCCAGCUGGCCUCCGGCUUACCGCUGCUGUCUGCCGCUCAUGGCCCCGGAGGACUCGCGGCCCCACCGAGCCCUUCAGCGCAGAGCCUCCCCGGGCCCCCAGACACGCUGGGGCUGCUGCCUGAGCCCCUGCAGGGUUCCACAGGGGAGAGCGACGAGGAGCCCCUCUCUGGGGCCAGGACACCCCUGUCCACGGUCUCUGAGGGCCCUGACCCCAGCGGCUCGGAGCAGCCAUUCUCCGGUGCCUGCCCAGCCCCCCGGCUGCUGUUUGAGGAUACGGGGGUUCAGGGUGCUAGCCGGGUCCCUAGGGAAGCCGGGCCGGAGCAGCAGACCUGGGACAGGCAGACCCCCUGCAGGCCAGCGUCCCUGCUGCCCAACCAGGUGUCGGUCAUCACCACGCAGCGCCGGCCCAAGCCCCCCAGGCCCAGGACCCCUGAAGUGUCCACCUCCUGCCGCAAGCUGGACUUUGAGUCUUCCUCCGACCCCUGUUCACUGGACCAGGUCCACUACCCCGCCAGCCGCCUGUUUUCCUUCCUGUCUGAACACUUCCCGCUGCCGGCCCGGGAGCCCCCCACCACCCCGGACAUGGCCAGAACUGCGGGCGGGGAUGCCGUCAGACCGGGCAGCCGGACCCCGGGCCGUCUGUGGGUAUCCCCUGGGUCCCAGCACAGCCCACAGCAGCCCCGGCCCCAGAAGCCCGGUCUCGCCUCACCCCGGGGCCCUGGCGCUCCAGACCUGCCCCCCGCCCCGCCCCGCUACACGGGCCUCCGUGAGCAGGGAGCAGCGGACACGGAGCUGGAGAGCGAGGCCCCCAGCGGCAGUGAGGGCGAAGCUGAAUCCGAGGGCCCGGCCGCGGGGAUGGGGACGGGGACGGGGACGGGGACCCGGCCGUCCCUGGAGGUGGGCUCGCUGACCUCGGCGCUGCAGGACUGGGACAUUGGCGCACUGUCUGACACCGACCGACUGUCCGCCUCCGAGGUGGCCACGUGUCUGGAGAGCUGCCGCCUGCGGGACGCCAGCUCGGGGGACUCGGUCUUGGAGUGCUCUAGCAGAGGCACCCGGUGUGGGAGCUCCGGCCGUUUGGAAUCCCUGGCCCCAGCCGCAGAGCAGGGGCACAGGCCGGACAGCGCAGAGGGGGACUGGGCCGAGUCCGAGGAGGACGAGUGUUCGCAGCCAGCCGGCCAGCUGAGCCCCCGCUCCCUGCGCCGCCUGAGGGUGCUGCUGCGCAGGCUGGGCCGCGAGCUGCGGGGUGGCCGGGACGGCAUGGGCGCCCUGCUGCUGCACCUGCUGGACGGCCUGGGAGAGGAGCCCGGGAGCCCCCCUCGGCCUGCUGCGCAGCCCCCCACCGGCCCCGCAGAGGACCCCCCCUCCCCAAUGGCAGCCGGGGCCACCCAGACACCGGACAAAGGCUUGGAGGAGGAAGCGGCCGCCCCCGAGGAAGAGGCAGCGCUGUUGCAGUGCCAGAUCUCCACGGUUACCUCCGAGGUCAUCAGCGUGGUAGUGAGCCGCGACCAGGACCUGGUCAUCCAGAAGGGUGACCACUGCACCAUCAUCAACGGGCUGGCGCUGGAUGCCGGUGGCCAGCUGAUCGUCUGCGGCGCCUCGUCUGACCCCGGGCCCGGCGCCCCAGAGCCCACACGCACCCCGCCUCCCGCCAGCCCCCCGCCCUGCGCGCAGGACGACAUCUCCAGCAGUGGCCAGGCCGCCAACUUCGACAAGAGGCGCCUGCGCCUGCGCCCGGUGCGGCCCAGUGUGCGAAUCAGCGCCGACAUCUUCCAGCAGGACCUGGGCGGCCUGGACUCGCCGCCCACCGCCUCCGACCAUACCUACUGCCACUCGCGCCCAGAGCCCGCCCGAGCCCGAGCCCGGCCUCGGCCUCCCGGCCGCCCUGCCCCGGCCCCCCGGGCGCCCACGCUGCCCGUGCUGGCCACCGCGGACACCUCCACGCCCACCGACGGUGCCGACCUGGCCCGCAUCCGCCGCGAGGUGGGCGCCCCGCUGCCGCCCCUGCUCGCCCCGCUGGUGGCCACGCCACCCCGCGCCGCGCGCUCCGCCUCUCCCGUCAUCUCCAGUUCCAGCCCCGCGUCGCCGCCGGCACCCGCACCCGCACCAGAGGACUCCGGGGGCGCGUCCCCGCCGGCCUCGCCCCUGCAGUUCUGCGCCGCCACCCCCAAGCACGCGCUGCCCGUACCCGGCCGCCUGCCCCCGCGCGCCCCGGCACCCGCGCCCCCCGAGAGCUCGGUGCGCAUCCUGGACACCAUGUACCCCGAACUCUCGGCCCGCGCGCGCACGCUCAGCAUCCUCAAGGGCAACCUGCAGCUGCCGCGCGCAGGCCCGGCUGAGGGUCUCAGCUGCACGCCCACCGCCUUCGUCAAGGCCGGGGAUAGGGCCGCCCUGGGAGACGGACCCCGCGCCAAGCGCCCGCAGGCCUCAGCCGCCCUGCGCAGCGCCAAGCGCCUGCGGCUGGACUGCGGGUCCCCCGAGCCGGAGCUGCAGCCGGAGCCGCAGCCCGAGGUGGCCCCGGAGACGGUGGAGACGCAUGACCGCGCCAUCGGCCAGGCGCUGAGCAAGCUGGCGGAGGCUGCCUUUGACCUGCUGCCGGUCAUCCGCAGCCACGUGUACGUGGGCAGCAUCUCGCGCAGGCCCGUCAUGCGCGACCCCGAGAAGCAGGUGGUGCAUGAGUUCAGCACCACCAAGAAGCACCUGGCCGAGUGUCUGCUGCGCUCCAUCCUGGCAGAGCUGAGCGCGCAGAGGGCGUCGCGGGAGCCUCCGGAGCUGCCCUAUGCGCACGCCCUGUGCCGGGUGUACAUCGGCGUCUGCCGGCAGCUGGGCGACCUGGAGCGCGCACGCCUGCUCUGCUACAGCCUGCUCAAGGAGGAUUUCCCGGAGUCUGAGAAGCUGACGCUGUUCGUGGCCAACAUGUGGCAGGACGUGUUCCUGUCCCCGUCGGUUGUCAGCACGGCCAUGCAGCUCGUGGCCCGGCAGAGAGCCCGCGGCGAGGUCCUCAACUGUCUGCGCGCCCUCCUCAGCUGGGAGAAGAACGCGCCCAUGGACGUGGGCCUCAUGGUGUCCAAGCUGCUGCUGACCGUGCAGCUGUGCCCUGAGACGGAGUUCCAGCCCAACGAGCGGUUCGGCGACGACCUGAGCGACAGCACGUGGGAGCACAUCUUCGCCAUCGACCUGCUGUGCUGCCACCAGAAGUGGGUGUGGACGCACGACAACAUCAUCAGCAAGGAGCUCUGGCCUGUCAUGGACAAGUGGAUCAAGUACCGGAAGGGCCACGCCAACAUCGCCUACACGCCUGACAUCAUCGUCGCGUCCAUCCUCAGGCUGAUCGGUCGCCUGGGCCAGCUGGGGCUGAAGGAGGGCUUCCCGGCUGCCGUGCGGAACAUCAGCUCUGUCAUCGGGAUGUUCAUCCAGUUCGCCCGGCAAGAAGACAUCCCGUGGGGCGUGCAGCUGGCUGCCGUCUACGCGCUGUGUGACCUGAGCCCCAGCAACCCCACGGAGAUCUUCCGCAUCCUGGAGGCCUGGCGUAAGGACACCCCCUACAGCGUCCCGGCCGCCGUGGAGGGCUGCCUGGAGGAGGUGGGCUCGCUGUGUGCCGAGGAGCAGGAGCCAGGCUAGGCCAGAGCCAGCUGCCUUCUUGUCUGUCCCCCUUCCUGAGAGAAGGCUGAGGCCGGGCAGGGGCUCCCUCCUGUGGGCGGCUGAGGGUCAAGGCCCCUCGGUACCUCGGCUUCAGACCCAUCGUCCAACCACGAAAACUUGAACUUAGCCCUUUUAUUUUGCUGCAGAAAGUGUCCUUUUUAGUCGCUUUUUAGAAGGGAGGACGGUGUUCAGAGAGUCCCCCAGGCUGAGCUGGGAAACCAGAACAGGCCGCUCAGAGCCUGGCCGGGGAGGGUCCCGGGCCCCCCGCCUCCUCCCAGUGAUGGACGUGUACAUAGCAUCCCGGGUUCUAAGACGCGGACAGAGACGGCCUCCGGGGCCUCACCUGCCUUCGGGCCGUCCGACCAACCGCACGCGUCCUUUCUUAACCUCGUGUACCCAGUACCCUCGUGUUUUGUAAUAAAUGAACGUGAGCCAUG